AUUCCACAACAUAAAGUUUACGAGGACAUUUUAAAAAAGUUCACAAACUCAAAACAAAUUAGUUUACAGACGACUAUCAACUUGCCUAUUGGAAACUAUAAGUCGAUAUGUGAAUGAAGCUUCAUCUUUCGAUAAAUCCAAAAUAAAUUUGGGUUAGCUGAGAGACUACCAUUAUCAAGACUCAUACAGGCCAUAAAGCAUCCUGUCCUUCCAAAUCAAAACUGAAACUUAUACAUUGUACACCAGCCCGCCAUUUCGGAGCCAGGACAAAAGCUUCUUCUGGAAGAAAUCCGUUUGGGUUGUAUCAAGGUAAACUUAUCUGCAUGGUGUUAUAUAUUCAAGUCAGAGAAGUCGUUGAGCAGAUAAGAUUUUCCAAGAAGUGGUUAUUCAUAUGACUUCUAAGAGGCUACCCGCUGACACUUGUGACAGGCCGCUUUACAAAAUAGUGGUUGUAGGUGAUGGAGGUGUUGGAAAGUCUGCACUAACAAUCCAGUACUUCCAGAGAAUGUUUCUUGAAGAACAUGAUCCUACGAUUGAGGACUCAUACAUCCAAAACGCUGAGAUCGAUAAUGAGCUGUGUAUGUUGUAUGUACUGGAUACUGCAGGACAGGAGGAGUUUAGUGCAAUGCGAGAGCAGUAUAUGCGCAUAGGUCAAGGAUUUAUCAUUGUAUACUCAGUGACAGAUCCUCAGAGUUUUGAGGAAGUUCAGAGAUUUCACAAAGAAAUUUCACGGUGUAAAGACUGUGGUUCUUAUCCUAUGAUAUUGGCAGCAAAUAAGAUUGAUUUGUCUCAACAACGCCAAGUUUCGGAAGAAGAGGGUAAACGUCUAGCCACUUAUCUCCAAGUUCCUUACAUUGAAACAAGUGCUAAAGAUCCUCCAGUUAAUGUAGACAAAAUGUUUCACGAUAUGGUACGAAUUAUCAGAAAACUGCCUCCACCGCAAUUAAUCUCGAAAGGUGAUCGUAAAAAAGUUCGUUGUUUGUUAUUAUGACAUGUUGGUUGGUGUGGAGGCUAAUUAAACUUUUCUCAUAUACUUAAACAAAGCGUAAUCAUCUUCAGUGCCUAGGUGCUUCUUCAAUAUUUGAUAUCAUUGAUCGGUAUACAUCCUGCAUACCCCCACCCUGCCUUCUCAUAUCCUGUUUUCUUCCUAACCGAUUCACAAUGUGCUUCUAGAUGUCUAAACAGAUAUGUAAAAUGAAAAUGUUAAUGAUGGUAUUCCAGUGAAUUUGGCUAAAAUAUCAUAUCAGUUAAACCUGUGAUUUGGUAUUUACUUCCUCCUACUCUUCAUUACCUUCAAUCUCCAGGUUUUUUUAUGCAUCUACUACUAAUAUUUUUGUUAUAUGCUUUGGAACGAUUGCAUUAAUGCGGUGUUAAACAGUAACCAUAAUAAUAACAACCCAAAUUGCGCCGAUCCCACCUAGUUAACCACUUAUUUCCCCCCAUCAUAUUAAACAUGCAUACACAAACACUGACAUUUUGUACAGGAUUUGCUUCGAUCUUUUAUUUCUCUGUAAAACAAGAUUUUUUCCUAACUGUUAUCGGUUAUUAUACUUGUACCUUCCAGUUUCCACUAUUGUAUCAAGUCUUGCAUACGACCACACCAAAGAAAAGUGGCGUUUUCGAAUAAUGUUGAACUUUAAUGCUUCAGUGGUUCUUAUGUGGUAUCUUGUUCCUUAGUAAUAUGUAUUUGGCUGUUCGUAUAGUUUUUAUACUUACCUGAUCAUUUUUUGUACUUAUUUAAUACCAAUGAUGUAAUAGUUCUGCGUUGUGACUGACUUAAGAUGUGAUACUAAAAUCAACAGUAGUAAUAAUAACGUUAAGACUUGUAUGCUUGUUUUUUUUCCGUCAGAAUCAUUUAUCUAGGUUAAUACAACCACUUUUUGUAAAUUCUUUGUUUUCUCUACAAUUCCUGUUUGCAACAUACACAUCUAUGACUGAUUAAGCUUUUGUUUUAUCCUUUGCAAGAUGGUCGUGUAUAUUUCCACUCUGAAAACGUCGAUCAGCUUGCUGUCGAACAUUUGUGGCUUGAUACUCAUCCAGUUCUCAGCGUCUUUACAUCGUAAAUAUCAGUUCUUCCUUCUUUCUGUACUUUUCCGUCUCUAUAUUUGUGUAUCCCCUUUUAUCUUUCCUAUCUAUUAAUCCGUCUCGUAGGUGUUGUACAUUCUACCUAUUGAUUACGUUAAUAAUGUUUUUCUACAAUGUUAUUGUUACUGAUAUGGUAAUUGUGUUGCUUAUUAUCAUCUACUGGGACGCUCUUCGGUAGUUUAACCGCUUAUUUUAACUUCAGGGUGUUCACUAUACUUGUCCAUUUGACUAAACUUCCCAAUGCUGUCCAUUGUCCAUUUGGAAGAGGGCUACAUAUCAGUCAGUCAGUCAGUCAGUAAAAACGUAGAACUUCGUACGUACGUACAUCAGUUCGAGUUGCCACACCACAUUAGCACAGAGAUGCAGUUGUCGAUUCAAAUCCCGUAGUGGUAGAGGUAAUAAGAGUAUAAGCAGUAAUCGGGAAG